GAGCGAGCGCAGCCGCCCCCUCACCUGCCUGCUGGCCCCGCGUAGCUGGGCGGGAGGGGAAUGCACCAAGACCCGGCGCAGGGAGGCGGUGGGUCCUUGCGAGGACGGCUGCGGCGCAGGGCGACCCGCGCCCGUGCGGUUGCUGCUUACAGUGAAAGACUUCCUCUCAAAGCUGUUUAAAUGAGAAUGUCCUUGGCACAAAGAGUGCUACUGACAUGGCUUUUUACCUUACUCUUCCUGAUUAUGCUGGUGUUGAAGUUGGAUGAGAAAGCACCAUGGAACUGGUUCCUCAUUUUUAUUCCAGUCUGGAUAUUUGAUACUAUUCUUCUAGUUAUGUUAAUUGUGAAAAUGGCUGGACGCUGCAAGUCUGGCUUUGACCCUCGCAAUGGCUCCCAGAACCUCAAGAAGAAAGCUUGGUAUCUCAUUGCAAUGCUACUCAAGUUAGCCUUCUGCCUUGCCCUCUGUGCUAAGCUCCAGCAAUUCACUGCAAUGAAACUAGCCUAUGUCUUUAUCCCUUUGUGGGCCUUGCUCAUUGGAGGGAUGGUUGAACUUGGAUAUAACAUCUUCUAUGUACGGAGAGACUAAGGUGUGUGGCGUGGUUUUCAGCACUAGCUUGGUACCAAAAUACUGGAUUAUUAGAGUUUUGCCACAAACUUCAUCUUCAAGUUAGAAUGCAGAAGAAUCUAGUCAAGCUGGAGACUACCUAAACCAGGCUGAAGACCAAAAGUAGACUUUUUCCAUUUUAUUUUAAAACUACCACAUAUGAUCUUGUAAAUAAAAGUAUUUGUUUA